UGGCUAUCGCGUCGUCUUUUGCAGUGCGGUAAGCGUUAUCGUUCUAUGUGCAAGAGCCAUGAUCUAUGGUCUAUCUUCUACAACAUCUAUGAUAGUAAGUUAUGAAGUGAAAAGUGAAAAUAAAUGUAUGCUCAAAAACAGAAAAAAACCUUAAUAUAUGAAUUGUCAAGGCAUAAACGAGAAACACUAAGAUCUUUCUGCCCAUAUGCGAUAAUGGAUAAGUUUGUUAUAAAAAAGCAUCAAGAAGCAGUGGAAAAAAAAUCUGAAGAAACCAAUACCAAAACUAAUGCUGUUGGUAAUGAUUGCAGUCUUCCACUUGACACAAUUAUACAAUAUAAUAACAAGGACAGUAGCGAAAGUGAAAGUGAUGUUGAGAUGGUAGAAGAAAAUAUAACAAAACCAAAGAAAAAGAAAUAUACCCAAAAGUUUAAAAUUGAAUGGAAGCAGAAGUGGACUUGGCUUGAAAACAUAAAAGGAAGUUCUUACUGCACUCUGUGCAAUAAAACUUUAAUGGGUGGAAUAACACACUUAGAAAGACAUGCACAAAGUAACAUGCACAAAAAACAAGAAAUAUAUCUAUCUAAAGUAUCAAUGACAGAUUUGAAAAUAUUAUAUUCGAGAAAUACAACAGUACGAGUAGCUGAACUGAAACUAUGUAUGUUUCUUAGUGAGCAUAAUUUACCAGUUAGGAUACUACAGCAUUUGCCAAAAUAUUUGCUGCAGAAAUCGAGCAGAUUUGAGGAAGAUUCUUUCCGUAACACGCAGUCUAUUUUUGAAAGGCUCAUGCAACAGAAGUUACGUGCAGAUCCUGUGCAGAUCUCGUGCAGAAUCUGUUCCCCUAGCAGCGAUCUGCUGCAAGAUUGCUGCAAGAUUCGCAGCAGAUCAUUGCAAGAUUCUGUCAGCAGUCAACAUACAAUUCGCAACAGUGAUGCAAGAUCGAGCAUCCUGCAUCAAGCAUCACAUGAGGGGAAGAGCCCCCACCAUGGCGGCACCACACAAGCAAGCAUCGCUGACGUCACGCGUCCGUGUGCGCUCGCCGUUCCAAUAGCGUAUGAGUCGUACUCGGCGGAGUCGUUAGCGCCAAGCACCAUCGCAUCCGAAACACCACCACAAAGUAAUGUGUCCUACCCUUCAAAUAUUGAACUGCUGCACAAUUACAACUCGACACAGUACUCGAAUCCAAAGCAACAUUCGAACUCAAUGCAUUCACCGCAGUACACCAACAUGAACACCGUUCCUACUCUAUCCGGUUACGCACCGCCAUUUCCAUAUCACCAUCAUGGAAGUCCGAAUAAUAAUGGACAAAUAGAUGACUUUCUAAAGACAAUGUUGGAUGCAAUCGAGAAGUGCAGAGUCCACGAUGAUCGACAUUACCGAUGUUUGUGGCAAAUGUUACAAAAUGCCGUUGUAGAAACGAACAAAUUCGCUGAAUAA